CUGACCAGUGGGUGUGGCAGUUUAUGGAAAAUGGCUAGCUGGGGAAGGGCUGCUGGAGUUUUGAGAAACUUUUUGACUAGACCUUGGUCGUACAGAGCGCUGCAUCGUGCCUUGGGACCUGGCAUUUUGGGGUCUCUCGUUGGAAGCGGACUGAUAUAUUAUCACUAUGAACCGAGUAAGAGGUUUUUUCCCUUCACCGUUCAUGCCGAGGAAGAAAAGUUGCUUCCAGUGUUCCAGCUGUCUGCCAGACGGAUGUGCUUCAACCAGUUUGCUUCCAUGACGUACAAUAAGGAACUCUACAUGACACCAAGGGAUUUCCUCUUCUCAAUCAUGUUGGAGAAUGUUGACCGUAAAUUACCAAAGAAAGCUCUAACCAAAAAGGAGGUUGAUAAGAUGCUGGAUGCUGCCUCACGGGUCCAGGCAGGUAACAGUCUGUUCAGACACUUCGGAGACGAUGGUCUGAUAUCCUACACAGAGUACCUGUUCCUGUUGACUAUUCUGACCAAGCCACACACAGGAUUUCAUAUAGCUUUCAAAAUGCUUGAUAUUGAUGGCAAUGAGCAUGUGGACAGAAAGGAGUUUCUCAAGCUCAAGAAAAUCAUUGGGAAAAGAAAAGAGACCGUGCCUAAGGAAGGUGCCACAGAUGUGAAACCAGUCGCAGAGGGGGAUGAUGUGAACACUACACUGCAGGCCUUCUUCUUUGGCAGGAAUGGUGAAAAUAAGCUUCAGUACAAGGGAUUUUGCAGGUUCAUGGAGGACCUGCAGGCGGAAGUGCAGGAGAUGGAGUUCCUGCAGUUCUCCAAAGGUAUGGACACCAUGCGGCGGGAGGACUUUGCCGAGUGGCUGCUGCACUACACCAACGAGGAAGCCAACGAGGCCUACUGGGAGAACAUGAGGAAGAGGAUCCCUGCAGGCCAGAGCAUCACAUUUGACGAAUUCAAAGCGUUCUGCCUCUUCACCAACAACCUGGAGGACUUUGCCUUCUCUGUGAAAAUGAUAAGUGAAGCCAACCGACCUAUCGGAAUGGUCCAAUUUAGGCGAGCUGUGAAGAUUGCCACAGGGCACGACCUCUCUGAGAACGUGCUGGACACUGUGUUCAAGAUCUUUGACCUGGACGGUGAUAACUGUCUGAGCCACAAGGAGUUUAUCGGAGUGAUGGAAGACAGAGUACUGCGCGGCUUGAAGGUGCAGCCCCAGCGUGGCAUCACAAAUUACUGGAAGUGUGUGAAGAGGGAGACCCUAAAGGGGGCCCAAGAGGCCCUCCGGGACACCGGAAGCCCUUUUUGAGGGGCUAGGCCAUUGGAUGGAGAAGCGUCUUACGAGUGUUCACUGGGUGACUCCAAUGUAAAGCAUUGAUGGCUGACCACUAGUUGACCAUUAUCACUGGAUAUUUGUCAAUGGAAUAUAAACAUGGUCCUAAUGAACUAAAUCAAUGUUUUUCAGGAUUUUUGUUUGCGAAAAUAUUAUUGCAAUAUACAGCACAAUCUAUAGGUGAGGUUUAUUCUAAUAUAAAUGGGUUGUUGUGAUGCUUUAUACCAGUCUAUGCAUACAAGGAAUAUAAAUGUGAGAUCUUUUUACAUUUUAUUGAAAGUAUCUUGGCACUUUUUACCCUAUUUCCCUCAAAUGCAAGUGAUUUGUUUACAGGUAGACAUGGUGUACUGUGGUAUCAUUUGAAAGUUCUAAACUGUUGAGUCAUAGGUGGAAAGAGUCAUGUUUGAAAUAUGUUUGUCUUCAACACAUUGCUAAGUACAGUUGUGUUGUAAUAUGUUGGCACCCUUGCACAAUUCACUUUGAUUUCUUCAAUAAGUUGACAUUUAAACUUUUUGUUCACCCAUGUAUUUAAGAACUGCGCAGGAUCAAAAAAAAAACUGAAAUUAAGAUUGUUCACUACAAAGUCAAAAUGGCGUGGAUAAAAGAAUUCCAAUUAAUUUGGUUGAAGGAAGGAGAUUCUUGUUUACGGUGUGAUUUUUCACCUGUGGUAAGUUGCAUGUGCUUACAGGGUACAACGCUAUUCAAUACGUUUUGAAAACAGAACAUUCUGCUCCAUUUCACUCCAUUGUAAAGUGCAAGGGUGCCAAUCUAUUAGAUCAUAGCUGUGUACUUUUUUUUUUUUGUGUAGAUUAAAUAAAUUCAGAAUUGCUGCAUUGCUCCUGGAAUGUGCAUUUGGGAAAGAUUCAGA